GAACGUCCCCGAGCGCACACGGCGUAAAGGAGAGUACGGCGCGCGAGUCUGUGGAUCGGACAUAACGGUUUUCUUUUUGGCCCCCCUUUUCCACCGAAAUAACAAGAACCAAGCAAACCUGAGUCCAAGAAGGGCUUAGAGUGUUCUGCGAUCAAGGAAGAGGGAAGCGAGGGAUAGGAGCAGCAAGUUUCUUUUUUACAUUUUCUUUUUUUUCUCUCUCUUUAAAAGGGGAUUUUGUGUUGGUUUUUUUUUUCCACGGUGGUUUGUUCUCCGCUCUCGCCGCAAAGAUGAUGGUCGGAGAGGUCGAAGUGAAGGAGCGACCGAGGCCGAGUCCCGACUAUUUGAUGCAGUUAUUAAACGAGAAGAAGCUCAUGACCAGUUUGCCCAAUCUCUGUGGCAUCUUCACACACUUGGAGAGGCUUCUGGACGAAGAAAUCAACAGAGUGCGUAAAGAUAUGUACAGCGACACAGUGAAUGGCCUUGUGGACAGACACCCACUGGAGCUGCCUGAACCAAUCGGACCCAUUGUUCACCUGCAGGAGAAACUGUUUGUGCCUGUCAAAGAGUACCCAGAUUAUAACUUUGUGGGGAGAAUUCUUGGUCCCCGGGGACUCACUGCCAAACAGUUGGAAGCAGAGACGGGAUGCAAAAUCAUGGUGCGAGGCAAGAGCUCCAUGAGAGACAAGAAGAAGGAGGAGCAGAACAGAGGAAAGCCCAACUGGGAACACCUAAAUGAAGACCUACAUGUCCUAAUCACAGUGGAAGACACACAGAACAGAGCUGAGAUCAAGAUGAGGAGAGCGGUAGAGGAAGUCAAGAAGCUUCUUGUACCUGCUGCCGAGGGUGAAGACAAUUUGAAGAAGAUGCAGCUAAUGGAGUUAGCUAUACUCAAUGGAACAUACAGAGACAACAACAUUAAAACAUCCGCCCUUGCGUUCUCUCUUGCAGCGGCGGCAGUAGCCGCACAGGGCCCCCGUCUCAUAGCAGCUCCAGCAGGUCAGGUGUUGCCUCCUCAGGCACUCCGGCCUCCGACACCAGCUGGAACCCCCAUCAUGAACAUCAUUCGGCCUACUCAGAUGGCUGCCAUGCUGCCCAAUGGCACCCCCACCCUGGUGCCUCCCACACCGGAUGCUGGCCUAAUCUACACCACCCCCUACGAUUACCCUUACGCCUUGGCACCCACCUCGCUGCUGGAGUACCCCAUCGAGCACAGUGGGGUUCUAGGUAAGAGAGCCUGGGGAAGCAUGGCUGCAGCAGGUGCAGCGGCCAACUUUAGCCAACCUGGACAGGAGGGCAGCUUGUUUUACCCUGGAGCUGGGAUGCUGGAUGCAGCUUCCCUGAGCCACAGUCAGGACUUAUUGAAAGGUGCAAUGGCUACUAAAGUGAGACGGCAUGACACGCGGGUCCAUCCUUACCAAAGGAUUGUGACCGCUGACAGAGCCGCCACCGGCAACUAACACAUGACCUUCUGACCUCUGAACUCUUCACCCAAUGAUGAGCCGCCCCAAGCCUGCCUGCUGAUCAGUUAACUGGUAAUUGCCUUUUGCUAGCCUCUUGGACGCAAGUGACAGAGAGAGGCGCCUGCCUGUACAGUUACCCUAACACGUUCUGACAAAAAGAUAGAAACCAACGCAGACUCUUCACUGAAACACACGAAACAAAAAAAAAAAGUUGUGUAUUAUUCAUUUUCCCUCUGUUCAUUAGUUAAGUUCCCAUUCUCUCUCUUUCUUUUUCUCCAUGAAUCACGCUCUGGGUGGAUGUGUUUGUGGUAUUACUCAUGAAUCUGCACUGAAUUAUAUAGCAAUAAAGACCCCCACCCCACCCACCCGUCCUCCCUUAACUACUCUGAUUCGGUGAUCUCACUUGCUUUGGUCAAAGUUCAACAUCUGCAGUAAAACCAUUUGGUUUCAGAGUGAUAACGUAAUCGUCCUCAAACAGCCCCCCCCCGACCCCACCCUGCUCGAAGCAUAUUUUGUAGGAGCACCUACGUGCUCCCACGCUCUUCAGACAUCCACCCACGGCGAGAGAAAAAGAAAUGGAAGGAGCGAGAACGUCCACUUACAUUAACUUGUUUAAUUUCUGUCAUUUUUCACAUGUAUUUCAGUUGAGCUCCAUGUUGUAAUUAUGAGCUGACACAUUCUGGGUGUGCCCCUCUAAACAGCUUUCUGCGUGUUUUUUUAUUUUAUUUUUUUUAAGCAUGGCUGAAAUGGUUGCUGAAGGAGCUUUUUAUGAUUUAUGUGUUGUUGUUUUUCUUCUGUCUUGAUUUUAUGUUUAAUUUUCUUUUGAGUCAUUUUCUCCACUUUCUUUGUUUUUUUUUGGUUCAGAUUUGACUAACUAGCUUAAGGAGCUAAAACCGUGCAGGUGGUUACCUCUAAACGUCAGAACACAGUUUAGUGUUUGAGGCAGGCUGCAGAAACUAAGACAGCAAGAUGGGACGGUCACUAUUUGGGUCGAUGGGUCUCUGUGUGCGUGUGUGUUCCAGUUAAUACUAAAAUGAAAGAAGGGUGUGUGUGUUGAGGCUCCGGGGGCACAGCAGCAGUGCUUAUUAGCUACUGGCCAAUGCUACGCCCUCAUCCACACUACAUCCACUAUCCAGUGCCUGAUGUAUUUAGAUCGGGGGUUCCCAACCCUGGUCCUUGAGGAACACCAUCUUGUAUGUUUUAGUUGUUUCCUGCUUCAACACACCUGAUUCUAAUUAAUGGGUGGUUAACAAGCUUGAAGUA